CUAUCAUUGGUAAAAAAAUUUAUUUUUUGUAAUAUAUUUAUGUUUUUAUUUUUAUAUAUUAUAUUUAAUGGUGUCUAAAAAAAUUGUGUAAUACAUUUUUAAAGGUACGGACCAAACGAAGGAUGCGAUGUGGGAUCGUAUCGAGGUGAAGUUCUUCACGGCGAUGAAGAAGGACGGCUCCUACCGAACCCGGGACCAACUCACUUCCAAAUGGUGCCACAUCAACAAAAAAGUCCGAAAGUUUAUGGGAGUUUACGAAGAAUGCUUCCGGUCCCGGAGGAGCGGCAUGAAUGAUGCUGAUGUUCUCCGGCUUGCCACGACCCAGUAUCAAGACGACGGGAACCAAGGCAAGGUGCCCAUCGAUCUUUGGAAGAUUUUGAGUUGUUCCCUGAAGUGGCAACAACUCAACAAUUUCGACGGUGGAUCAUUGCGGAAAAGAUCCACCGUCGACGCCGAGGUUGAGGUCGACGAGACUAUCAGUUCUACCGAUCAAAUCCCUCCCUUCAACGUUGCGGAUUCCGAUGACGAGGACCCCAUUCCACGGCCGAUCGGAAGAAAGAAGGCAAAAUCCAUUGCCUCUGGUUUGGGAGGGUCCGCCUCUGUUUCUGCUUCUCCCCGCGACGAAAUCGGCCGGGCAAUGAUUGAACAACUUCGGGCGUUCAAUCUCCAAGAACAAGAGAGGUUGAAGCUAAAGGAGAAGGAGUUGAAGCUAAAGGAGCAGGAGGCCGAGAUGAAAGUCAUGCGAACCGACCCCGGGACGUUGUCGGAGUUUGGACGAAUGAUCUAUGAGCAAAGAAUGAGAGAGAUCAAGGAGAAAUAUAAUUUAUCUUAGUUUUUUUAUUAAUGUAUCUUUUUUAAAUUAUUGACGU